CCCCCCCCCCCCGGGCAUGAUACAAUCCUAAAGAAAGCUGCUGAACCUAAAGCUGGUAGAAAGCUGCCUCCCCUCUCCCCUUUGGUGUUGUCUGUGCAGCAGCAAAGCCAAAAAAACAACACUGCUCCAAGGAUUCCUCCCCCUCUCUCUCAAAAUUCGUAGCUGUACUCACAUCUCUCCCCCUUGUAUUUAUUCAUCCCUGUCUCUCAUCUGGCCAGCUCAUAUAUCCCAGUGAUCUCCCUCCCUCCCCUCCCGGCCGGCCGCUUAUAUAGAGAUAUCUCAAUUCCAUUGGCCCAGUCCCAUCGCGCGCCCUGCAGGCUUGUGAUCACAAGCAAGAACAUACAUAGAUUUGCGGGAGAGGAGAGAGGGGAGCAAUUAUUUGCUUUGAUUUGGUUGAGGUGGCAUUACGGAUUGAUCUAGCAGCAAGAGGUACAAGUGCCGGUGUAAGUGCAGCGCCUGAGUGCCACCAUGUUGAGUUCUUUCGCUCCGACGGCCGUGACGCCUCCGGAGGGGGCCGCAGCGCCAGCGGAGCCGUUCCGGUCGCUGCAGAUUGCCACGGCCAGCACCGCCGGAGCCAAGAAGAAGCGGCGGCCAGCCGGCACUCCUGACCCUGACGCGGAGGUGGUGUCACUGUCUCCGCGGACGCUGCUGGAGUCGGACCGGUACGUGUGCGAGAUCUGCGGGCAGGGGUUCCAGCGCGACCAGAACCUGCAGAUGCACCGGCGGCGGCACAAGGUGCCAUGGAAGCUGCUGAAGCGGGAGGCCGGGGAGGCGGCACGGAAGCGGGUGUUCGUGUGCCCGGAGCCGAGCUGCCUGCACCACGACCCCUCCCACGCCCUCGGCGACCUCGUCGGCAUCAAGAAGCACUUCCGGCGCAAGCACAGCGGCCACCGGCAAUGGGCCUGCGCCCGCUGCUCCAAGGCCUACGCCGUCCACUCCGACUAUAAGGCCCACCUCAAGACCUGCGGCACCCGCGGCCACACCUGCGACUGCGGCCGCGUCUUCUCCCGGGUGGAGAGCUUUAUCGAGCACCAGGACACGUGCAACGCCGCCCGGCCGCGGGCCGAGACGUCGUCGUCGCCGGCUAGCGGUGGAGGUGGGGCGGCCGGCGCCUCCACGUCGCAGCAGCAACGGCAGUUACAUGCCGCGGCCGCGCUGUCGCGGACAGCUUCCAGCGCGAGCCCGUCCAGUGGCGGUGACCUCGUGGCGAGCCCGGCCGCCUGGCCUGGCCCGGCGAUGGCGAGCCCCACGGCAGCCGCUGCGUACCACCGGUUCGAUCCGGCCGCGCUCUCGCCUCUGACGCUGUCGGACCGUGCAGGCGUCCACAACCUGGAGUUGCAGCUCAUGCCACCGCGCGGCAGCUGCGCGGGGGGAGGCGCUGCUUCUGCUGCCGUCGGGCGCUGCGCUUCGCCGCACUCGCCUGAUGCCGUUCCUUCGCUGGGCGCCGACCCGAUGCGGCUGCAGCUGUCCAUUGGGUUCGGAGGCCCACGCGAGGACAACGUGCUGGCGCCGUCGGCCGCGGCGGCGACGAAGCUGAAGGAUGAGGCCCGUGAGCAGCUGCGGCUGGCGAUGGCUGAGAAGGCGGCGGCGGACGAGGCUCAGGCGCAUGCGAGGCGGCUGGCGGAGCUGGCCGAGCAGGAGCUGGCUAGCGCCCGGCGCAUGCGGCAGCAGGCGCAGGUGGAGCUCGGCCGCGCCCACGCGCUCCGCGACCACGCCGUGCGCCAGGUCGACGCCACGCUGCUGCAGGUCACCUGCUACAGCUGCCGCCACAAGUUCCGAGCGAGGGCGGCCGCCAUGAGCUCCGAGGUGGCCAGCUACGUCUCGUCCGUCGUCACCGAAGGCGGAGACGCCGAAGUCGACAACGACGAACACCACCAGCUCAACGCCGACGACGUGCCAAGCCAUGCUAGGAAGGACAUCAAUUAGACAGCAGCUAGCGCCAUGCCGAUCAUUUUUUUUGUUCAGCUUGCCCUCCCCUCUUGGUUUUGUUUUAGCAAUGGAGCUGCUGUGAUGUGCUGCAUGGUGGUGUAAUUAGAUGCGGUGAUGAUAUCAAUAGCUCUAGACUCCCAUGGCUGCAGGGCAGGCGAAGCUAAGAGGGGGGCCUAAUCUAAUUGUGACAUGCAUGGAAUCUUUCGGUUGUUUGCUUGCUGUUGGAUUUUUCUGUAAUAACAUUUUG